AGAGGAAUUUAAUUUCCACACAGACACAAGAAAUGGCAUCUUUCAACAAAUUAAAAAAUGUGCUAAUGCUGGCGUUUGAAUGGAUCCUGUACAGUGCUGGUGUUGCAGGUCACUGCCGAGUCACUGUAACACAGCCCAGGUUUCAGCAAGCUGACUCCUCCAUGAACAAUGUGUCCCUAACAUGCACUUUCUCCGCCUCUGGAUGCUCCUCGUCCUCACCUGAAGUUCUGUGGUUUCGCUUUUUAACUAAUACACAUCAGGAUUUGUGUACUCCUGGAUGCACAGAUCAUCAGAAGUACAAAGUACAUUCAUCAGAAAAGAACAUUUUACUUGAGAUAAAAGAUCUGACUGUAGAUGACAGCGCUGUUUAUAUCUGUGGAAUAGCAUUUUCAGACUCAGAUUCACCCCUUUCUAAACAAACAGGAGAUGGAACAGUACUAACAGUAACAGGAUCAGGGAAGCAGCACAGCAAUGGAAAAUUCAUCUCCAUGAUCAUCGUGUCGUCCUUACUGUUCCUGUACAGCUCUGCUGUGCUCACUUCCUUUGUGCUCUACAAGUUAAAACCAAAGUUGCUAAAGAAAAGUGGGAAAGACCAAACAACAGAGAACUGUAAAAUAAAUAGCAGCCGAAAAAUUUUUCAAGCAAUUGCUCAAGAACUUCAAAGGCAGAGAUAUGCUCAACACUGCCAACACCCUGAUGAUUUGGAAGAUGACACUGUUUAUCAGAACAGAUGAGCACGUGCAGCACUUCAGAUUUGUUCAACAGUUCUCCUGCAAGCAAAGGAGCAAGGUGAGGAAGUUAAGCUUCUUCACAGACUUCCUUUGCCUUAAAAGGAGAGGAGAAAACCUUGCAAGGCAGUGUUCUUUGGGAGUAUUUUCUAAACAGAUCACCAGAACCAAGUGCAUUGUACCUUAUAUCUGUUUUACAAAUUCCAUUUUCCAUUUCCAAGAACCCUGGGAAAAGACUUCAUCUUUUAAUGAUAACU